AUGCGUAUUUAUCCAAGAGCAAGCGUAAAGGUGACACGCAGACCUUCUAGUUCACCACGCCCGAAAUACCGUAACAAGAUAAUCGAGGAGCAAGAUAAUCAUGAUGUAACUCCACACGGACGAAGUUAUGAAAAGAACCGUCUAACUACUGCGCGCCCUAGUUACAAAAACCGCGCCCAAACGACAACAACAACAGAAGCUCCAGCCCGUCGUCGUACCAAUUUUCGGCCAGUAGGAUCCCAGACGCCAUCAAAAGCUCAGCGACCCAAAUCCGAGCAAUCGCCGGUGAGCCUGUCGAAAUCGAAGCUCCCAAGGACUCAGGGUCGCUGGGCCUACAAGCCAGCUCCGAAAGCGCGAGUUGCGAUUCGCAAACAGGUAGAUGAUGAGGAAAGGGGCCCCGAUGUGGCGACUAAUGAGCCGGCGACGAUAGCAUCAACGGAUGAGAAACCAACAGUCGCUUCCAAGAAAAGCGAUGAGAACGUUUCAGACGCGGAACUGGAUUCCAGCGAAUCGGAACAGGUGCCAUCGUCAUCUGACUCGGGAUCUUCCGGAUCUGCAGGAAAUCCUUCCAUAGGAACCGUGCUCACAGAUCAGAAUGAGAAUGACGCGAUCAUACCCGCUGAGACUAUUAACGUCGAGAUUUCCACGCCCGCUGAUAUGACUGACAUGUACUAUCUCAUCGCUACGAUUAAAUCUCCGUACACGUUCCAGAACCAAUUAACUCUUUGCCUCCAGGUUGGAACAAUGAAGAACACGCGGUUUAUCACCGUGACAUCAACUCAGAAAAAAUCGUUCGCCACAGCAGAUCCUUCAACCACCCCAACCCACACUGAACCAUUAACUGAAAACAUCUUAGCUAACACUGCAGCUGCUUACGAGUCCUCUCUGCCUUUGGAUUCUUCGAUCGCCACACUCCCUGCAAUCACCUUGGAGUCCGGACAGAUGACUCCUCCACUAGAAACCUUAACAGAGACCUUCACUACCACCCAGACCCUGCUUAAAACCUACUUACUCCCCGUAGUAGCCAACGGUAACACGACCCAUCACACCUUAGUACAGACCUACAACAUUGCUCGCAUGGUAACCGCGAUUAAAACACUCCCGCCAUCAGAAAUAUAUCAGUUCAUCCCCUCGAAGACACUCAAUGAGUUCAACUCUAAGCUCGACGAAGCUGGUAGCGAACUUCACCUCGAGCUCGACUUUGGAGACGACGAAAACGAUGACGAGGACAUUCCUAAGCGCGUUGUGGUUCCAAACGCCCAUGAGCCAGAGCUUGAUGGUUUCAAAGGAACGAACAAAGGAACCAAGCAGAAUCGUCUAGAAGUACCAUCUCCCUCUUCAGACCCACAACUACUUCCCGAGUCUGCGCAACAUCUUGCAUUACUCAACUACUUCAACCAGGCUGCACAAGUGAUUACCACCUCCAGGCCCAUCGUUGUCCUCGAAACCGUCUAUGAGUCUCACGUGAUCCCGCUGGUAAGCAACGGCAAUACCGUGUUCUCUACCCUCUCUAGACCAGUGGGAACUGUUCCAAGAACUUCCUACGAAUUAGGAACGUCAACUAUUGCACCUAUAGCUCAGCCGAUCCAACAGAUGCCCCAGAUUCCACAGCUUCCUCAGAUUCCUCAAGUUCCUCAGGUGCCACUGUACCCUCCCCAGCCCCAGUUCACUGUCACCACAGCCCCGAUCGUCACUCAGACUCUCGCCACAAUUUCUGACUCACGAGUCCUGAAACUCACCUUCGGCGCGAAGACCGCCUACACCACCCUCUUCUCGACGAAAGUGGUGCCCACUGAAAUUACCACCUACGUCACCUCGACUGUUCCUGUCCAACCUACGGUACCUUCUUUCCCCGGGUUCUUUGGAUCUCCGGUUGGAUACCCAGGAUAUCCGUUUGUAGGUUAA